AUGGCAGAAUUUCCCAAAUCCCCCCCGAUAGGUGCUGGCGAGGGGCUGGUGGCAUGGGGAGGGACGUCAGCGUGGGGCACGGGGACAGGGUGUCUCUUAAAAAUGGUCAAGGAGAAUAUUGUAGGCCCUGAGGAGAUCUUGAGCUUCUGUUGCAAUGGCCUCCAGGGCUCGACCUCUCUGCCGCGUGCCCAGGAGCCAGCAGAGCGGGAGGAGGUGUCGGGGGCCAUGGCGAGCCCCUUGCCCGCUCGCAACCCCACCGAGGUGCAGAUGAGCCAGCUGGGGCUGCCCUGCCACACCAACCACCGCGGCGAGCUCAGCACCGGCCAGCUGCUCAAGUGGAUCGACACGGCCGCCUGCCUCUCCGCCGAGAGACAUGCCGGCUGCCCGUGCGUCACAGCUUCCAUGGAUGAUAUCUAUUUUGAGCAUACCAUUAGCGUCGGGCAAGUUGUCAACAUCAAAGCCAAAGUGAACCGAGCCUUUAACUCCAGCAUGGAGGUGGGCAUCCAGGUGAGCUACGAGGACCUGUGCAGCGGGAAGCACUGCAGCAUCUGCAAGGCGUAUGCCACCUUCGUGGCGCAGGGCUCCUCCGGCAGCAAGGUGAAGCUGAAGCCACUGACCCCACAGACGGAGGAGGAGAAGAUAGAGCACAGCAUUGCUGCUGAGCGCCGCCGCAUGCGGCUGGUCCACAAGGACACCCUCAAGGACCUCCUCACCCACAGCCCCCGUGAAACCGAGCUGGAGACGCGGGACGGCAGUGUGGCAGUGCCGGCAGAGAAGACGCGGGUGGAGAGCGUGGAGCUGGUGCUGCCCCCACACGCCAACCAUCAGGGCAACACCUUCGGUGGGCAGAUCAUGGCCUGGAUGGAGAACGUGGCCACCAUUGCAGCCAGCCGGCUGUGCCAUGCCCACCCCACGCUGCGGGCCAUUGAGAUGUUCCACUUUCGAGGACCAUCACAAGUCGGAGACCGCCUGGUGCUCAAAGCCAUCGUCAACAAUGCCUUCAAAAACAGCAUGGAAGUGGGGGUCUGCGCCGAGGCAUAUGGCCAGGAGAUGUCCAUCAGCCGAAGGCACAUCAACAGCGCCUUCAUGACCUUCGUGGUGCUGCCAGGGCACAGCAACCUGCCGAUGGUGGCACCUGAGCCGGGGGAUGGAGAGAGGAGGUACAGAGAAGCCAGCGCUAGGAAAAAAAUUCGGCUGGACCGAAAAUAUGUCGUCUCCUGCAAACAGACCGAGGUGCCGCUCUCCGUGCCCUGGGACCAAAGCAACAAGGUUUAUCUGAGCUACAACAACGUCUCUGCGCUGAAGACGCUCGUAGCCAAAGCGAACUGGGCACUGGCCAGAGAAAAGGAAGAGGUGCGGAUGUACACGUUGGAGGAGGACAAGUUCCUGUCCUUCCGCAUUGAGAUGUCGGUCCACAUUGCCGCUGGCCAAGCCUUCUCCCUGCUCUCUGACCUGCGGCGCCGGCACGAGUGGGACAGCCACUACGCCAACAACAACAAGAAGAACAAGCCAAAGGACUUUGUCAUCCUGGCGUCCCGGCGGAAACCCUGCAGCAAGGGGGACCCCUACGUGGUGGCCUUUCGGUCGGUGACGCUGCCCACCCACCCUGCCAGCGCUGGCUUCACGCGGGGGGAGACAAUCUGCUCCGGUUUCUGCAUUUGGCCAGAGUCAGAGGAGACAAGCAAGGUGGCUUACUACAACCAGGCUACACCAGGGUACCUCAACUAUGUCACCACCAACGUGGCAGGACUGUCCUCCAAUUUCUGCGCCACCUUCAAAGCCUGCGAGAAGUUC